AUUUUUAUUUCAUUUUCACUAAAAAUAAGGGUUUUGAAAGAAAGAAAUGCAUAAGAAAAAGAACCACAAAAACCAGCGAAGCAUUUUUUUCAUUUCUAAUAAUUUCUUCUUCUUCUUCUUUUCUCUACUCAAUCAAAGUGUUCUUACCAUGAUGAUGAUGAUAAGCUAAUAAUGUUACUUGGAUUUGUGAAGUUUGAGAAGAAGAAGAUCUCUUCAGUUGGGUGAUUUUGGAGAGUUUGAGUGAAUUUUUUCGGGUCUUCUUCUUCACUAUGGAAAUGGGUUUCCAUCAAAGGGAUUUGGACUCAAUUGAAGGACAAAGUCUGGAUGGCAGCUUUAGGAGGUCUAGAUCUGGUAUAUCUCCUGAUAGAUUGUCCGGGGUUUCAACUUCGAGCAAUUACAUUCAUACAUCAAGAAGAGUGUUCAAGGGACUUAAAGAAUACUCAAAGAAACUUAUUGAUAUUGAGCCAUUUUCGCAUGGUAUAGAAGACUGGAUUUUGGAGAAAACCAGUACAAGUUCUGCUGAGAGAAUGCUGCCUUUCAAAUCUCCUUUUCUGAUUGAUGAAGUGCGAAAACUCGAUUAUGCUCUAGAAGGGGUCUUAUUCCAGCAGCUUUUUCGUAUGCCUUAUUCCCUAUAUGCUAGUAAUGAUCUGAAAGAGGAUGAGUAUCUUGCUCUAGAAGAUUUCCUUAGAGCAACUGUAGAUGGCCUUUGGCAUACAUUUUGGCAACAAGAUGGACCUGUCCCAUUUUUUGUAUCCUGUCCCAGACAUCCUGGCUCCAAAUUCUACACAGUGGAGAGGGCAAUAAUGAGGGGAAGACUAGGACAGCUCUCCGGAGCAGCAUUGGUUUGUAAAACUGGAAGCGAAUCACAUGCUCGGUGGGAUCAAGUUGUGGAAUUUGCGUUAUUUAAACAUGAUAUUGCAGGGGGAAACGAGAUAGGGUUUUCUGCAGCUACACUUUCCGAAGCUCUCUUUUACGGCUUCCAUCUACUUCUCGCCAGGAGUUUAAGUAAAUAUAACACUGCCGGUGGUGAUUCAGUCAAUCUUUUAGUUCUCGAUUCAAAAUUUGGAGGAGUAAUCAAAUUUGGGGGUGAUUUAAGCAAACUUGAAUAUAAUUCAAACGACCCAUACCAUUCUGUUGUUGAAUGGGUCAAACUCCAUGCAGACAUAAGCAUUUCUCCCGUGGACCGAAUAUGGAACAAACUAGGAAAUGCGAAUUGGGGAGACUUGGGAACUCUGCAACUGCUUUUAGCAACAUACUACUCCAUUGCUCAGUGGAAAGGACCACCAAAGAAAUCAAUUUCUGCAUUAGCUGCGGAUCACAGCCUUCGACUACAGAGACGUAGGAUAGAGUGCCGCUUCAAUGAGAACGAUAAUGGGUUGCUCCCUUUACUAAAGGCUAGCCAGAGCCAGAGACAGGAAGAGAUUGUUGAACUUGAGCCUGAAGAGGAUUCGUCUUUCAGAAAACAAUUGUCUAACUUGAAAUUUAAUCCAGGUGACAUGAUGGUGCUUGAGGAUCAACUAGGGCAGCAAGGAUUUCAGAUACAGGAUACACUUCUAGGAGGAAAUUGUUUAUCAUACAGUGCUGUUUCUUUGGAGGACACGAGCGAGUUAUUAACUGUAUAUAUUGGUUCCCAUCCAUCUAGGCUUGAGCCAUCUUGGGAAGACAUGAGUUUAUGGUAUCAAGUACAGAGACAAACUAAAGUAUUAAACAUUUUGAAAGGAAUCCCAAGCAAGUUUCUGCCUGAAAUUGUUGCCUCGGGUAGAAUUUUACAUUCUGGUCCUUGUAAGAAGCAAAGUCCAGGUGGUCGAUGUGAUCAUCCUUGGUGUGGGACCCCAAUUCUCGUUACACGCCCAGUUGGAGAGCCAUUAUCAGCCAUAAUUUCUCGCAGUGGUCCAUUUUCUCCUGAGGAUGCUCUUCGAUGCUGUAGAGAUUGUUUAUCAGCUUUAAGAAGUGCCUCCAUGGCUAAUAUUCAGCACGGGGAUAUCUGUCCCGAAAACAUAAUCCGUGUUAUUGAUACCCAUUUAGGAAGAAAUAGGGUCAUGUAUGUUCCUAUCUCAUGGGGUCGAGCAGUUCUCGAAGAUAGAGAUAGCCCGGCAGUGAACCUACAAUUUUCUUCAACUCACGCACUACAGCAAGGUAAACUAUAUCCAGCUUCAGAUGCCGAAAGCCUUGUUUACCUUCUUUAUUUCAUCUGUGGGGGGUCAAUGCAACAGCAAGAUUCUAUCGAGUCAGCAUUGCAGUGGAGAGAGAAAUGUUGGGCAAGACGUUUGAUACAGCAGCAACUGGGCGAGGUUUCUGCCCUCUUGAAAGCAUUUGCUGACUAUGUCGACAGUCUUUGUGGGACCCCCUACCCUGUGGAUUAUGAUAUUUGGUUGAAAAGAUUGAAUAGAGUAAUUGAUGGUUCAACUGAUCGAGGUAAAUUAGCUGAAGUUGUAGCAACAAUGAGAGUAGAGGAUGUUGCAGAGUCCUCAGGUACUUCGGGAGCUGGUACUUCUUUAUCAUGCUGACAAGGCAAGAUCUUUUUAUCCUAUUUUUGCAAUUUCCACGGCAUGUAUUCUUAGUUGUGUCUGUUAUUAUAUUUUAAAAUGUUAGUUUGCCAUCUCUAUGAUUCUUUCAUAUCUGCAUUUCCUUUUGAUUUCCAAGCAUUAAUCUGAACAUGGGUGAGUUGAAAUUUCCCCACUAUGAAAAGUUACCAGUAUCCUCUUGUGCCUCGGUUUCUUUUCUAUUUUUUCCAAGGCUUUUUAUUGAUGCGAAGUGGAACCCUUUUUCAUAUAAUGUUAUACUAGAAAGAGCUUGGAAUUCAUGUA